GGAUGGCUUUCUAUCAGCAGAAGACUCAGAAGUUGUGGGGGGACGUGGCCCUCCACCAGGCGCUCAACGGUCAGAUCGAUGGCGACCGAUUCCAUCACUCCAACCGCGCGGAGAAGGACUGGGCUGCUGCACAUCGCAUCAAGGGAUUGAUCGGAAAGAUCCGCGGAGCUGCCAUCACAGGAAGAGUUGCGAUUUAAGCGCAUGACACGGCCUUUUUUUUAAAAUCUCGAAAGCACUUUGAGAAUAGAAGCGACUUGAGAAGCAAUAAAGAUUGCAACUCUUG